AAACAGGACCAGGACAGGGGCAAGAAGACACUGGUGCUGGAUCUGGACGAGACGCUGGUGCACAGCUCGUUCAAGCCCAUCCCCAACCCGGACUACAUCAUCCCCGUGGAGAUCGAGGGCAAGAUAGUGGACGUGUACGUGCUCAAGCGGCCCUGGCUGGACCACUUCAUGAAUGCCAUCGCCGGCUGCUUUGAGGUCGUCGUGUUCACAGCCAGCCUGUCAAAGUACGCAGACCCCCUGCUGGACUUGAUGGACAAGGCCAAGGUGGUGAGAUGGCGGCUGUUCCGGGAAGCCUGCUGCCCCUACGAGGGCAACUACGUGAAGGACCUGACAUGCCUGGGGCGGCCGCUGCCGGACUCGAUAAUUGUGGACAACUCGCCGCACAGCUACGUGUUCCAGCCCGACAACGCGCUCCCCAUCGGCACGUUCAUCGACGACCCCAACGACCGCGAGCUGCUGGACAUCCUCCCAGUGCUCAAGGCCGUGGAGAAGGUCGACGACGUGCGCGUGACUCUGGGCACCCUCGUGCAGCAGCUCGCCCACAACCAGCUGCAGCGCCGCAGCGUCUACGGGCCCGGCUGA